AUGGAACACUCCAGUGUUGCCAUCUGGAGAAAGAUUACCACCAUGAAGUUACCUGCUAAACUACCUUUCUUUUUCACAACAUCCAUUUUGUUGCUCUCUGUUUCUGCAGACUUGCUGGGUAAGUAGUAGUGAUUAUUUCUUUAACUACAUAGUAAAAUCACUAAUGUUUAUAAUUAUGCAUUGCUAUAAGAUACAAAAAGGGUCUAACUAUUUUUGUGGUUUACUGCUUGUAUAACAAUCAAAAGGUGACAUUAAUGUCAAAAAGGUCAUUAAUCAGACCAACAGCAAAAAAUCGCACAACAGCAGACAGAAAAAAAGUAUGCCAAUUAAAAUGUUCUGAAUUUUAAAUAGUUAUUUUGAUUUUUUUUUUUCUUUGGUGUUCUUAUGAAAUAAAAUCACAGUAAAAGAAAAGGUUAAAACAUGAUGGCGAUAUUAGAAAAAUGGAUAUUAGUCUUUAGAAAAGGAAAGUGGAGAAAAUAAUUAAAAUAAUAUUUAUAAAUUAAGGAGUAAUUUAAAAAAUUAAACAAAAAUAUAUAUAUAUAUAAAAAAAAAACAAAGAAACAGUGUUGGUAGGCUAUGGUAUAAAUAAAUGUUAGAAUUUGUGUUAUAUGGAAAUAAAUCUCUAUGAAUAAGGUUUUUAGGAUUUAUAGAAUAGAGGAAUAAAUAACUCACAAGAGAGAAAAAUACAACUUACUAGUGAGAAGCAAAACUGAUGAAUAGGUCAUAAAAUAAAAUAAAUUUAAAAUAUAAUCAGAAAGAAAAAAAGGAAACAACAGCAACAGUAAUCAUAACAAAAACCCAUAUAACCAAACUAAAGAAAGGUGUUUACAUAAAUAGAAGUAGAUACUUUAAAUAUGUGUACACACAGAAAUGAAAAGAAAGUUACUGAUUGUUUCAUAUGCCACCACGGCUGCACUACACAGGUAAUCUGCAUGUAUGUUUAAAGGGACUGAAUCCCUGCUACUCAGGCCUACCUGAUAAUAUUUGAAUGCACCUCAGUUAACCUUCUACCCACACAGGAUAGUAGUCCGAGCUAAUGAUGUCCAAAGGUAAAGCAGGGCAGGCUAUUUACCAAAGCUAAACUUUGAUGUGAGAUUAAAGCUACUGCCAUAUAAUUUUAUUCAGGGAAUGACAUGGGUGUACUCUCAUUGGAUUACCAGAAUGAAGCACAGCAUUGGAAAGCCAUAUGAGAUGAUUACAUCAUCGUCUUAAAUUGAUGUUGCAAAUAGACAUCUUGUUGUAUACUGAGGUAAUAUGCAGGUCGUGUUGGAGUUUUGUUUGGAUUAAAGGAUUUUGAACAUGCUGUGCAUUGGAAAGUUAAAUAAACCCUUAAUAAACCCCACCCUAACAGUGUAUAUAAAGUAGAAACAAACAGUCAUUGACUGCAUUGUAAGAUAGCAGUGAGUGGGUGCAGCACUCACUGAGCCAAAGUUGAACAAGGGAGUGCCUAUAAAUCUGACAAGAAAAUCCAAUUAAUACAUUAAUAUUUGCAUGUAAUCUCAUUUACAAAUUGGAGGUUUACUUUACACCUAGGAAAUUGCCCCUGGGUUUAAAGUGGUGUUUUGUUAUUCAUGUUCCAUUAAACUAUCCCAAAUCUAAACCCAAAACAGCUUUCCGUCAAAGUGUUGUCUCACUUUGUCUGGAUUAUAUUAGGGAAUAGGUAGUGACUCAUAAUUUAUAAAUUUUAAGCAAUGACUCUGACCCAGUCUUAACAUCCUAUCAGUGCCUGAGGUCCACACAGGACUUGGAAGUCUGAGAGGUGAGUUUGUGAGUGUUAAAGGAAAGGAGACUGGGGUCCAUGCCUUCCUGGGUAUCCCGUUUGCAAAGCCACCCAUAGGCCCUGCUCUGAGAUUCUCUGCACCUCAGCCUGUGGAGGGAUGGACAGGAGUAAGAGAUGCCACCAAGCAGCCACUCAUGUAAGUCAUCCGUGUAUUUUCAGCUGAUGGACACAGCACUUGGAAAAAAUCACCUUCAAUUAAUCUUAUAUGAUAUCUUGUCUCCCUUUUUUAGGUGUGUUCAAAAUAGACAAGUGUCUAUUGAUCUGCUUGAAAAACUUGGUGAAAUGGCAGCAGAAAUCCCAGACGUUUCAGAAGACUGUCUUUACCUCAACAUUUACACACCUGCAAACCGAGCUGAUGAUGCUAAGCUUCCGGUAAGAGUCUUAAACUACAAGAAGGGGUUUCUUUGCUGAUAGGAUGUUGAUUAAAUCUCAGCUGAAGAGGGGUGCACAAGGUUUGUGGCUGUGAUGUUAUGCUUGACGCUGUACUUUAGAUGGGGAAAUGAGAUCAUUGUGUUUUGCUGAAAGAUAUGUUGUAAAUGUCUUCAUAUGAUCAUGAGUGGAAUCACUCAAGUGUUUGUUGUUGCUGAGAGUGUCAGGGUUAGUCCAGACAAGAUUGAGUUUAGAUGGUACCAGAGUGGAUUUUGUGAUUUUGUGGAAUUCCCACCAGGCUGUCAGAGUUUCUGAUGUUGUGCAUGUUUGAAUAAGGGGGUGACUUAAAAAGACUGUGGGAGAACUGGUGAAUCCAGGAUGGCAAUUUUAUUAUAGACUGAUUGUUCAGUAUCAAACUAUAUGGUAUCAGACCAGUUAAGGGUGAAUCCAUUUGGAGUAUUGUAAUCGAUUUCAGUUUCAACAUUUAUUUUGUCUGUGCACUAUUUAAAUUAACAAUUUCAGCAAACCAUAACAUUCUGGUGAAACAUUUCACACAGCAUCUCAACUUUUGUUGUAAUGUGGGUCCUGUAAUUGCAGUUUGAAUAAUACUCAACAUACCCAAAAGCAUAAAUCAAAGAGAUGAGUGUCAUUUUAAAGUCAGAUUUAAGUUUGUCUUUGGUUCAAUGUACUUGAAUAAAUGUUCUCACUAGCUUACAUUUUUUAAAUAUUUCUGUAUGCUGUGUACCAGGUUAUGGUCUGGAUCCAUGGAGGAGGGUUUAGUCUCGGAUCAGCAUCGGUGUAUGAUGGCUCCGCCCUGGCUGCUUAUCAGGAUGUGGUUGUUGUUUUGAUCCAGUAUCGUCUCGGACUUCUGGGCUUUGUCAGGUGAGGAAAUGCACCUCCAUCUAAUUUGAGCUUUGCUGUCUUUUUAGCUUUUGUUACACUUUUCUUGAUGAACCUUUUAGGCUUUUUAUUGUUCUCUUACUAAUUUCUGUUAUUCUAUUUUAUCACUAUUGUUAUUGUUUUGUUAUAAUUAUUAAUAUUGCCUUUUAUAUUUGCUAUGCUGUUUUCUGCUUUCAUCCCCCUUUUUUAUUGCAUUUCCUUUUUCUAGCGAUUAUAAGUUUCUAUUUAGAUCCACGUGGUCUCAUUUUGCGCUGCAUGGUUCUUGUAUUGUCUGGGUUCCUUAUGACAUAUGAAAAUGGCCUUCAAUUCUGAGGCCUUGUUUUAACUGAUCUUUUUGUUUUAAUUUACUUUGGCUGAAGUUAUUGCGCUUAACAAUUGUCAAGCACUUUAUAAACCUCUGUUUUAAAAAAUACUAUACAAAUAAACUUAUCAUUAUUAUAAACACUUAUCCUGGGAUAAUCAAAUAAAGAUUUGAUUGUAACCAAGUUUCUUAAACACAUACAGUAUCUGGUUUUGUUUCCGUCUCAAGCACAUACCUUUGAAGUUCUGUAUGUGAAGCAACAACUCUUUAGCUGCAUUCACUACUGUCAGGAUCUUGAUUAUAAACAAGACAAAGAAUUAGACUUAACAUAUACAGUCAGUAAUGUAAUGGUCAUGCAAACAGCUUAACAUUAGUUUUCCAUGGUUUUGGAUGGUACAUUAAAAGUUAACAUGUCUUAAAAAGGAAAAUGUUCAAUAAGUUUGGCUGAUAUGGCUCUAUGUUUCUGCAACAGAGCCUUUGUUCAAGGACUAAACACAGUAUGAUGGAAAAAUAAUAUUUUGUUUCAUUCAGCACUGGAGAUGAACACUUGACUGGAAACUUUGGUCUUCUGGACCAGGUACAAGCUCUGAAGUGGAUCCAGCAGCACAUUCACAGCUUUGGAGGUGACCCAGACUCAGUUACAAUAUUUGGAGAGUCUGCUGGUGGAAUGAGUGUGUCCCUACUGGUAAGGAUCAGUCUCUCAAUGAGCUGAUGAACAACACACAUAAAACCCAUGUGUUUUUUGUAAGGACUUUUCUGUAAAAUCACUGCUGAGUUACAACUUCACAUAUCCUUAUUUUUUAUGUGUCUGUAUCCACCAGCUUCUCUCCCCAUUGGCUAAAGGACUGUUUCACCGCGGUAUCGCUGAGAGCGGCAGUGCAGCAAUGGAUUUACUGAUGACAAAUGAUCCUCUACCAAUGGCACAGGUAGACUGUCAGCAUUCAAGAUAGCUCUUUAAAACUUAGUUGUGUCCUUAGGUUGUUGAUAUAAAAUCCUUUUAUUUUCCUCAGAUGGCAGCAAAUAUGUCUGGCUGCAGCCUGGACAGCACAGAGAAGAUCAGUGAUUGCAUGAGAAAUCUUGAUCUUGAUACUUUUUUAACCAUUGCACAGGUGAGUUAUUAACUAUCAUACUGUUCAAAGAAUAGUGAGUGAAAACAACCAUUGUCACUUUUCUGUGGUCUAUCUUAAUUUUCUUUUCAACUGUUAUUUUCUCAAGGAUCUUAGUUUGCAAUUUUUUGUAAGUGUUGACGGACACUUCCUGACAAAACCUGUGGAUGAGCUGUUCAAAAAACAUGAACUACUUACCAUACCCUUCAUGACAGGGGUUAACAACGAUGAAGGGGGCUUUUUGCUCCUUGAGGUGAGUAUGAAUGCUGUAAAUUUGUACUGAGUCAUGAAUGACCAAAGUGCUUGUGGGUUUCUUUAUGAGCCAUUAAAGUGAAAAAAGGGAUUUUUGAAUGUUUGAGAUAUUUAUCGUAUCUUUGUCUUCUUUAAGUUCCUGGCUCCCAAAAACUGGACAGAGGGACUGGAUUUGGAGUCUAUUAAGAACGGGCUCUCAGAGUUUUUCCCUGAUCCAUCAAUUUCUGAUUUGAUAAUAGAAGAAUACAUGGGCACUGGUGAAGAUCCUGUUAAAAAUAGGAAUGGGUACACUGAGCUGCUUGGGGAUACGAUAUUCACAAUUCCAGCCAUCAAGACUGCUAACGCACACAGAGGUAAUUUUUUGAGACGACAGGCAGAACUUUUCACAUUUGCUGUCCCACUAGCAGAGAAAAGAGAAAUAAGAAAUUUUAUUGAUCACAACUAUUUGUUUACAACUAGAUGCCGGUGCACCUGUAUACCUGUAUGAGUACCAGCAUCCCCCUCAGUUCCUGCAAUCAAAAAGACCUAGCUUUGUUGGGGCUGACCAUACAGAUGAAAUCUUCACAGUACUAGGAUUUUGUUUUACAACCAAACAUGUCACAUUGAAAGAAGGUGAGCACAAUCUAAACAUAAAAUUUUCCACUACUAUAAAUCUGAGUUAUACAGAGUUCAAAGUGUUUAACCAGGUAACUGAUGUUGUAGAUGCAUGCUCUAAAGAGGAAGAACAGUUGAGCAAAACCAUGAUGAGCUACUGGGGAAACUUUGCUCGCACAGGGUAAGAAUCAACCCUCAUUUAAGAUUCAAAUGCAUGUUUAAGACAAACUUAUUUAUGACUUUACCCUGGGUGUGUUUAGGUCUCCUAAUGGGGAAGGCCUCGUUCACUGGCCACAGUAUGGAGCAGAAGAGCACUACCUGAAAAUCGACUUGAAGGAGCAGGUUACUGGUCAGCACCUGAAGAAGGAGCGGUUUGUCUUCAUGACUCAGACCCUGCCAGAGAAAAUAAGACAACAUAUGGAGAAGACAGAAAGGAUGAGUGAGUGUAUUUCCAUAUCUUGAUCAAGAAAAUAGCAUAAACCAUUACAUCCUUUUGUUGUUUUCAUUAACAGUUUGUCUACCAAUAAUGAUUAAUUUGUCUAUAUUGGUUUGAAAAAAUUGAUAGCACACUGAUCCAGAUCAAACCACAUAUUUUGAUUUGUAACUUUUCUUUCAACCAUUCAAGCUGUAGGCUGAGCAGUGAAUCAACCUUUGUCGAGAGCAGGAAUGAGAAAAAAUCUGCAGUAUAACAAUAGGGGGCAAGUGCACUGUGCCUCAUAAGCAUAGACUCUAUAUACUAAGGAUAACUUGGCUCCGCCUUCUGUCAAUACAUGAAUUUGAAGCCGAAUUGCUCUUGGUAUUUCUGGGAUUUUCUCCACUUCCUGGAACCACCACUCCUGCAGUAGCAUUGUAUGCAUUUGUUGGGCGUGUUGCUGUGAUGACGCUCGGCUCAAACAGCGUAUCCCCUGGAUGAGCUACGCAGUAUUCGUAUGCCCAUAGGCUGUAUCAAGUGUUAAUCAUAGAAAACAUGAACCCCAUAACUUUUAAAAAUGGAGCUGCACAAAAAAAAGAGGACUUGUGCACAAACCAGUCUUACAGUAAUUACAUGUCAACAUUGCAUCCAGGGGAAAGAAAUAUGUAUAUUCAGUUGUAAUUUCUAAAGUUUGUCCAGGCUCCAUAGGGAUUGCUGGAGGAGGUGGAAAUUAUGACCUUUACUGCAGCCUGUCACCAGAGGGUGCUGUUCUUACAGAGGCUUCACCCAGUGAGGAGGCAGACAACAUCCAUUCUAUUUACAGUCUAUGCUAAUAAUGCUUGCUCUGUUGCCCUGAUAAGCUGCUUGUUUGAGCAUUUGCUUAUAGCCUGUCUUUAAGUUACCUAUACAAACAGAAACACAUUUGAGACUUGAAAGCCUUUCACAUGGUUGAUAUAAAUUGGAGAGUUGUUGCACCAACUCACACUUUUCCAUUUGAGUUCAAUAUGAGCAUCAGUAGAGGACUUGUGCAUCACUCAGCUUUGAUAAACACCUAUCAAUAAGUUCUGAAUUUUAAGCAAUGACUCUGACCCAGUCUUAACAUCCUAUUAGUGCCUGAGGUCCACAUAGGACUUGGAAGUCUGAGAGGUGAGUUUGUGGGUGUUAAAGGAAAGGAGACUGGGGUCCAUGCCUUCCUGGGUAUCCCGUUUGCCAAGCCACCCGUAGGCCCUGCUCUGAGAUUCUCUGCACCUCAGCCUGUGGAGGGAUGGACAGGAGUAAGAGAUGCCACCAAGCAGCCACUCAUGUAAGUCAUCCGUGUAUUUUCAGCUGAUGGACACAGCACUUGAAAAAAUCACCUUCAAUUAAUCUUAUAUGAUAUCAUGUCUCCGUUUUUUAGGUGUGUUCAAGAUAGACAAUUGUCUAUUGAUCUGCUUGAAAAACUUGGUGGUAUGGCGGCAGAAAUCCCAGACGUUUCAGAAGACUGUCUUUACCUCAACAUUUACACACCUGCAAACCGAGCUGAUGAUGCUAAGCUUCCGGUAAGAGUCUUAAACUACAAGAAGGGGUUUCUUUGCUGAUAGGAUGUUGAUUGAAUCUCAGCUGAAGAGGGGUGCUCAAGCUUUGUGGCUGUGAUGUUGCAUAUGGUUUGAUGAUUUUAGUUAUUAGUAUUACAAAAAUUGAUCAUUUCUGAUGCUGUACUUCAGAUUGGGAAAUUAGAUCAUUGUGUUUUGCUUAAAGAUAUGUUGUAAAUGUCGUCAUAUGAUCAUGAGUGGAAUCACACAAGUGUUUGUUGUUGCUGAGAGUGUCAGGGUUGGUCCAGACAAGAGUGAGUUUAGAUGGUACCAGAGUGGACUUUGUGAUUUUGUGGAAUUCCCACCAGGCUGUCAGAGUUUCUAAUGUUGUGCAUGUUUGAAUAAGGGGUGACUUAAAAAGACUGUGGGAGAACUGGUGAAUCCAGGAUGGCAAUUUUAUUACAGACUGAUUGUUCAGUAUCAAACUAUAUGGUAUCAGACAAGUCAAGGUACUUCAAUAAAUGUUCUCACUGGUUCACAUUUUACCAAUAUUUUUUUGUAUGCUGUGUAGAAAAGAUGAAUUGCCUCCAUUAUCUUACCAGGUUUUGGUCUGGAUCCAUGGAGGAGGAUUUGGCAUAGGAUCAGCAUCGAUGUAUGAUGGCUCUGCCCUGGCUGCUUAUCAGGAUGUGGUUGUUGUAGCGAUCCAGUAUCGUCUUGGACUUCUGGGCUUUGUCAGGUGAGAAAAUGCAAGAAACUAAUCACAGUUUAAAGAAACAAAGUUUGAAGACCAUAUGAAGUUAAAAUGCUUGCUUUGUUAUGAUAGAUCCAUGUAGUUGGACUCUCUUAUUCAGCCCAUGUCCUGUAAACUACAAAGUAAAACUGCAGUCAAUGCACACCACCACCCUAUCUGUCCUUACCUCCUCCACCCACUCCAAACCAAUAACUGCUGCCAUCAUCUCUGCUGUAUACACGGACAGUUUAUCUGUCAUUAUUUUCCCUAUGCUAAAGUUAAACUGUGGAAUAUAGACACCUGUUCCUACAUGAUCGUUUUGAUCUUUUGUUCAGUCCGUAAAAACUUGUGUUCGUGUGUUUACUACCCAAUUUGCUUUGCUGCGCAUUAAAGUCCCCACACCAGACUUUACUUUGGUUCACAUAUUCUGUUUCACUAAACAUUUCAACACUCAUGUUUUUACAUAGGUUAUAGAAAUUCACUACUUUGAAAAUAGUGUCUGUACUAGAAGAAGAACUUUAUUGAUCCCUGAUAAAAAUUCAGUAUUACAUACCUCAAAAGUGACACAUUUCCAGUUCUUCUGGAGCUGUAAGUCUUCUGUAUACAAUGCAGUCUUGAACAAUCUUUUAUCUUUUAUCUCUUUUACCUCCAUCUAAUUUGGGCUUUGCUGUCUUUUUAGCUUUUGAUGCACUUUAAAUCUUUUCUUGAUGAAACUUUUAGGCUUUUUAUUGUUCUAUCGCUUACUAAUUUCUGUUAUUCUAUUUUAUCACUAUUGUUAUUGUUUUGUUAUAAUUAUUAAUAUUGCCUUUUAUAUUUGCUAUGCUGUUUUCUGCUUUCAUCCCCCUUUUUUAUUGCAUUUUUUUUCCCUAAUAAUUCUAAGUUUCUAUUUAGAUCCACGUGGUCUCAUUUUGUGCUGUAUGGUUCUUGUAUUGUCUGGGUUCCUUAUGACAUAUGAAAAUGGCCUUCAAUUCUGAGGCCUUGUUUUAACUGAUCUUUUUGUUUUAAUUUACUUUGGCUGAAGUUAUUGUGCUUAUCAUUAUUAUAAACACAUAUCCUGGGAUAAUCAAAUCAAUAUAUGAUCAUAAUCAAGUUUCUUGAACACAUAUAGUAUCUGGUUUUGUUUCCAUCUCAAGCACAUACCUUUGAAGUUCUUGUCCAUUAUCAAUAAGACUUUUGAAAUUCAAUUGCAGUAUGUGAAGCAUCAUAGUGAUGACUUUAAUCAUGAACAUUUGCCUGGGAACUUCCAUCAGUAUAUACUUUCAACAUUUCAUGACUAUCUCCUGCUUUGAAGUUCUUGUUGUCUAAGAACUCUUGAGCUGCAUUCACUACUGUCAGGAUCUUAUCACUUUUACAUUCUUGAUUAGUGGCUACAUUAAUCACUUUACAGAUGAAGGCGACAAACAUGGUCUUAUCCACUAUCAGAGAAUCCAUUUUCAAUAUGCAUUUAUGAGGACACUGAAAAUGUUUUUCUGCCACAUGUCCUUCAUUGUCAUGCUGCAGGCCUGAACCAGCCCUGGUUAGGCCUUUGUGCUUCGUUUGUCUUCCUUACAUCACCUUCCAUGCCGUAAAAGGUUGUUCUUUUCUUCUCACCAAUAGAGGCAGUGACAAACAAGACAAAGAAUUAGACUUCAAAUAUACAGUCAGUAAUGUAAUGGUCAUGCAAACAGCUUCACAUCAGUUUUCCUGGGUUUUGGAUGGUACAUUAAAAGUUAACAUGUCUUAAAAAGGAAAAUGUUCAAUAAGUUUGGCUGAUAUACAGGAUUUGUGAGUUUUGUUUUCAACUAUGCAUACAUUGAUUUCAGUCUGAAGUGUGAUGAACCAUCUUUAUCACUAAACCCUUUAAAUGCUGAAUGGACUCAAACUCAAACCACACAACUGAUGGCAGCCUUGACCUCUAGACCAUCCACACCCCUGUAUUCCGUUUUGUCAUUCUCUGGUUGGACAAGAUCCUCUUAGCUUCUACCUGUAGGUUCCUUGUUUCUGCAACGGAGCCUUUGUUCAAGGACUAAACACAGUAUGAUGGAAAAAUAAUAUUUUGUUUCAUUCAGCACUGGAGAUGAACACUUGACUGGAAACUUUGGUCUUCUGGACCAGGUACAAGCUCUGAAGUGGAUCCAGCAGCACAUUCACAGCUUUGGAGGUGACCCAGACUCAGUUACAAUAUUUGGAGAGUCUGCUGGUGGAGUGAGUGUGUCCCUACUGGUAAGGAUCAAUCUCUUAAUGAGCUGAUGAACAACACACAUAAAACCCAUGUAUUUAUCUUAAGGAUUUUCCUGUAAAAUCGCUGCUGAGUUACAACUUCACAUAUCCUUAUUUUUUAUGUGUCUUUAUCCACCAGCUUCUCUCCCCAUUGGCUAAAGGACUGUUUCACCGUGCUAUCGCUGAGAGUGGCACUGCUGCGUUAGAUUUACUCAUGACAAAUGAUCCUCUACCAAUGGCACAGGUAGACUGUCAGCAUUCAAGAUAGCUCUUUAAAACUUAGUUGUGUCCUUAGGUUGUUGACAUAAAAUCAUUUUAUAUUCCUCAGAUGGCAGCAAAUAUGUCUGGCUGCAGCCUGGAAAGCACAGAGAAGAUCAGUGAUUGCAUGAGAAAUCUUGAUCUUGAAACUAUUUUAACCAUUGCACAGGUGAGUUAUUAACUGUUAUACUGUUCAAAGAAUAGUGAGUGAAAACAACCAUUGUAGCCUAUCUGUGGUCUAUCUUAAUUUUCUUUUCAACUGUUAUUUUCUCAAGGAUAUUACUUUGAAAUUUCCUAUAAAUGUUGACGGACACUUCCUGACAAAACCUGUGGAUGACCUGUUCAAAAAACAUGAACUACAUACCAUACCCUUCAUGACAGGGGUUAACAACGAUGAAGGGGGCUUUAUGCUUGUUGAGGUGAGUAUGAAUGCUGUGAAUUUAAACUGAGUCAUGAAUGACCAAAGUGCUUGUGGGUUUCUUUAUGAGCCAUUAAAGUGAAAAAGGGAUUUUUGAAUGUUUGAGAUAUUAAUCGUAUUUUUGUCUUCUUUUAGUUCCUGGCUCCCAAAAACUGGACAGAGGGACUGGAUUUGGAGUCUAUUAAGAACGUGCUCUCAAUGUUUUUCCCUGAUCCAUCAAUCUCUGAUUUGAUAAUAGAGGAAUACAUGGGCACUGGUGAAGAUCCUAUAAAAAACAGGAAUGGAUACACUGAGCUGCUUGGGGAUAUUUUUUUCACAAUUCCAGCCAUCAAGACUGCCAACGCACACAGAGGUGAUUUUUUUAGACAACAUGCAGAACUUUUCACGCUGAGAGAAGAGAAAUGAGAAAUUGUAUUGAUCACAACUAUUUGUUCCCAAUUAGAUGCUGUUGCACCUGUAUACCUGUAUCAGUACCAGCAUCCCCCUCAGUUCCUGCAAGCAAAAAGACCUAGCUUUGUUGGGGCUGACCAUGGAGAUGAAAUCUUCACAGCACUAGGGUUUUGCUUCACAACCAAACAUGUCACAUUGAAAGAAGGUGAGCACAAUCUAAAUAUAAGGUUUACACUACUAUAAAUCUGAGUUCAAAGUGUGUAACCAGGUAACUGAUGUUGUAGAUGCAUGCUCUAAAGAGGAAGAACAGUUGAGCAAAACCAUGAUGAGCUACUGGGGAAACUUUGCUCGCACAGGGUAAGAAUCAACCCUCGUUAAAGAUUUCAAUUCAUAUUUAGGUGAGACAUAAUUAUUUAUGACUUUACCCUGGGUGUGUUUAGGUCUCCUAAUGGGGAAGGCCUCGUUCACUGGCCACAGUAUGGAUCAGAAGAGCACUACCUGAAAAUCGACUUGAAGGAGCAGGUUACUGGUCAGCACCUGAAGAAGGAGCGGUUUGUCUUCAUGACUCAGACCCUGCCAGAGAAAAUAAGACAACACAUGAAGAAGACAGAAAAGAUGAGUGAGUGUAUUUCCAUAUCUUGAUCAAAAAAAUAGUGUGAAUAGUAUGAAGUGUCAAUCAUAGAAAACAUGAUAAUAGCUUUUAGAAAUGGAGCUGCACAGAAAAAAAAGGGCCUUGAGCGGAAAUCAGUCUUACCAUAACUGCAUGUCAACAUCGCAUCCAGUGGGGAGAAAAUAUAUAUUCAGUGUAAUUAAUUUCUAAAGUUUGUCCAAGGCUCCAUAGGGAUUGCUGGAGGAGGUGGAAAUUAUGACCUUUACUGCAGCCUGUCACCAGAGGGUGCUGUUCUUAAGAGCCUUCACCCAGUGAGGAGGCAGACAACAUCCAUUCUAUAUACAGUCUAUGCUAAUUAUGCUUGCCCUGUUGCCCUGAUUAGCUGCUUAUUUGAGCAUUUGCUUAUAAAAUGUCUUUAAGUUACCUAUACAAACAGAAACACAUUUGAGACUUGGAAGUCUUUCACAUGGCUGAUAUAAGUCUGAGAGUUGUUGUACCAACUCACAGUUUUCCACUUGAGUUCAAUAUGAGCAUCAGUAGAGGACUUGUGCAUCACUCAGCUUUGAUAAACACCUAUCAAUAAGUUCUGAAUUUUAAGCAAUGACUCUGACCCAGUCUUAACAUCCUAUCAGUGCCUGAGGUCCACACAGGACUUGGAAGUCUGAGAGGUGAGUAUGUGAGUGUUAAAGGAAAGGAGACUGGGGUCCAUGCCUUCCUGGGUAUCCCGUUUGCCAAGCCACCCGUAGGCCCUGCUCUGAGAUUCUCUGCACCUCAGCCUGUGGAGGGAUGGACAGGAGUAAGAGAUGCCACCAAGCAGCCACUCAUGUAAGUCAUCCGUGUAUUUUCAGCUGAUGGACACAGCACUUGGAAAAAAUCACUUUCAAUAAAUCUAAUAUGAUAUCAUGUCUCCCUAUUUCAGGUGUGUUCAAAAUAGACAAGUAUCCAUUGAUAUGCUUGAAAAAUUUGGUGAAAUGGCAGCAGAAAUCCCAGAUGUUUCAGAAGACUGUCUUUACCUCAACAUUUACACUCCUGCAAACCGAGCUGAUGAUGCUAAGCUUCCGGUAAGAGUCUUCAACUACAAGAAGGGGUUUCUUUGCUGAUAGGAUGUUGAUUAAAUCUCAGCUGAAGAGGGGUGCUCAAGGUUUGUGGCUGUGACGUUGUGCUUGACACUGUACUUCAGAUGGGGAAAUGAGAUCAUUGUGUUUUGCUUAAAGAUAUGUUGUAAAUGUCUUCAUAUGAUCAUGAGUGGAAUCACACAAGUGUUUGUUGUUGCUGAGAGUAUCAGGGUUAGUCCAGACAAGAUUGAGUUUAGAUGGUACCAAACUGGACUUUGUGAUUUUGUGUUUGAAGAAGGGGUGACUUAAAAAGCCUGUGGGAGAACUGGUGAAUCCAAGAUUGCAAUUUUAUUACAGACUGAUUGUUCAGUAUCAAACUAUAUGGUAUCAGGCAAGUUAAGGGUGAAUCCAUUUGCUGUAAUCUAUUUCAGUUUCAACAUUCAAUAUAUGUAUUUUUUGCACUAUUUAAACUAACAAUUUCAGCUAACCAUAGUCUCUGGUGAAAUGCUUCACACAGCAUCUCAACUUUUGUUGUAAUGUGGGUCCUGUAAUUGCAGUUUGAAUAAUACUCAACAUACCCAAAAGCAUAAAUCAAAGAGAUGAGUGUCAUUUUAAAGUCAGAUUUAAGUUUGUCUUUGGUUCAAUGUACUUGAAUAAAUAUGUUCUCACAAGCUCACAUUUCUUAAUAUUUCUGUAUGCUGUGUAGAAAAGAUGAAUUGCUUCCAUUAUCUUACCAGGUUAUGGUCUGGAUCCAUGGAGGAGGGUUUGGCAUAGGAUCAGCAUCAAUGUAUGAUGGCUCUGCCCUGGCUGCUUAUCUGGAUGCGGUUGUUGUUGUGAUCCAGUAUCGUCUCGGACUUCUGGGCUUUUUCAGGUGAGAAAAUAGAAGAAACUAAUGACAGUUUAAAGAAACAAAGUUUGAAGACCAUAAGAAAUGUAUAGGCCUGUUUUGUUACAAUAGAUCUCUGUAGUUGGACUAUUGAUUCAACGUUUGAAUCAAUGCAUUUUGUACAGUGCAAUAUAAAGAUUGAAUGAUAGUUUAAAUACCUCCCCUACAAUAUUUUGUUUCAUUCAGCACUGGAGAUGAACACUUGACUGGAAACUUUGGUCUUCUGGACCAGGUACAAGCUCUGAAGUGGAUCCAGCAGCACAUUCACAGCUUUGGAGGUGACCCAGACUCAGUUACAAUAUUUGGAGAGUCUGCUGGUGGAGUGAGUGUGUCCCUACUGGUAAGGAUCAGUCUCUCAAUGAGCUGAUGAACAACACACAUAAAACCCAUGUGUUUUUCGUAAGGGCUUUUCUGUAAAAUCACUGCUGAGUUACAACUUCACAUAUCCUUAUUUUUUAUGUGUCUGUAUCCACCAGCUUCUCUCACCACUGGCUAAAGGACUGUUUCACCGCGCUAUCGCUGAGAGUGGUACUGCUGCGAUAGAUUCACUGACAACAAAUAAUCCUCUACCAAUGGCACAGGUAGACUGUCAGCAUUCAAGAUAGGUCUUUAAAACUUAGUCGUUUCCUUAGGUUGUUGAUAUAAAAUCCUUUUAUAUUCCUCAGGCGGCAGCAAAUAUGUCUGGCUGCAGCCUGGACAGCACAGAGAAGAUCAGUGAUUGCAUGAGAAAUCUUGAUCUUGAAACUAUUUUAACCAUUGCACAGGUGAGUUAUUAACUGUCAUACUGUUUACAAAAUAGUGAGUGAAAACAACCAUUGUAGCCUAUCUGUGGUCUAUCUUAAUGUUCUUUUCAAUUGUCAUUUUCUCAAGGAUCUUAGUUUGAGAUUUCUUAUCAAUUAUGACGGACACUUCCUGACAAAACCUGUGGAUGAGCUGUUCAAAAAACACGAACUACAUACCAUACCCUUCAUGACGGGGGUUAACAACGAUGAAGGGGGCUUUUUGCUUGUUGAUGUGAGUAUGAAUGCUGUAAAUUUGAACUUAGUCAUGGAUAAACAAAGUGCUUGUGGGUUUCUUGAUGAGCCAGUGGGGAAAAAAAAGAGUUUUGCUUUCAUAAAUGUUUGAGAUAUUAAUCGUAUUUUUGUCUUCCUUUAGUUCCUGGCUCCCAAAAACUGGACAGAGGGACUGGAUUUGGAGUCUAUUAAGAACCUGUACUUUAUGUUUAGUCCUGAUCCAUCAAUAUCUGAUUUGAUAAUAGAAGAAUACAUGGGCACUGGUGAAGAUCCUGUAAAAAAUAGGAAUGGGUACACUGAGCUGCUUGGGGAUACGAUAUUCACAAUUCCAGCCAUCAAGACUGCCAACGCACACAGAGGUAAUUUUUUGAGACAACACACUGAACUUUUUACAUUUGCUGUUCAACUUGCGGAGAAAUAAGGAAUGAUAUUGAUCACAACUAUUUGUUCCCAAUUAGAUGCCGGUGCACCUGUAUACCUGUAUGAGUACCAGCAUCCCCCUCAGUUCCUGCAAGCAAAAAGACCUAGCUUUGUUGGGGCUGACCAUGGAGAUGAAAUCUUCAUAGUGCUAGGAUUUUGUUUUACAUCCAAACAUGUCACAUUGAAAGAAGGUGAGCACAAUCUAAACAUAAGGUUUACACUACUAUAAAUCUGAGUUAUACAGAGUUCAAAGUGUUUAAUCAGGUAACUGAUGUUGUAGAUGCAUGCUCUAAAGAGGAAGAACAGUUGAGCAAAACCAUGAUGAGCUACUGGGGAAACUUUGCUCGCACAGGGUAAGAAUCAACCCUCAUUUAAGAUUUCAAUGCAUAUUUAGCUAAGAAAAAGUUAUUUAUGACUUUACCCUGGGUGUGUUUAGGUCUCCUAAUGGGGAAGGCCUCGUUCACUGGCCACAGUAUGGAUCAGAAGAGCACUACCUGAAAAUCGACUUGAAGGAGCAGGUUACUGGUCAGCACCUGAAGAAGGAGCGGUUUGUCUUCAUGACUCAGACACUGCCAGAGAAAAUAAGACAACGCAAAGAGAAGGAAGAAAAGAUGAGUGAGUGUAUUUGCAUAUCUUGAUCAAGAAAAUAGCAUGAACCAUUACAUCCUUUUGUUGUUUUCACUAACAGUUUGUUUGCUAAUAAUGAUUACUUGUCACUAAUGGUUUGUUAUCAAUAAUGCUGUUCAGAGGUGACAAAAUCAAAAAAAUGGGUAAGGAGUUCAUCCUGGGGCACAAUGAUUCUCAGUUUUGUUUUGUCAGACUACUUAGCAAAACAUCUUAAAGAUUUUUAGGUCCCAAGAUAAACUGCGAAAAUAAUUGACUUUGACAAAUAAUGUGGUUUACUUUAGUAGACUACCAACUCAGUGAGUCUAGCGUUUAAAUGUUUCCAGAAAAGGUCGAUAUAGAACAGAUUGACACAGAUUUACAGUAUGGGUCAAUGUCAGCUUUAUUUGUAUAGCACGUUUAAAAACAGCCAGUGAUCUUCCAUAGUGCUUUACAGUAAAAUAGCUAGGAACAAUAAAAAACUAUAAAAAUAUCAAAAGCAUAAAACAUAUAAAAAACAUAAAACAACAAUAAAAAUAAACAUAUCAAAUAAAUAAAAGACCCAAUAAAAGUAGCUAUACUAUCCCAAAGGCUAAGUGAACAGGUAUGUCUACAGAAGUGUUGUAAAGUUGAAAGACUAUUUGCUGUUCGCACUGUCAAGAGUAAAGCAUUCCACAAAGUGGGAGCCACGACAGAAAAUGCUCAAUCUCCCCUGGAUUUUUAGAAAGGAUCAAGGAACGUCUAAAACCACCUGAUUAGCUGACUGUAAGGGUGAAUUAUUUCCUAGUGAACAACUACAGUACUGUAUGUACUGGACAAGAAAUUUCCCCCUAGGAACAGAAAAACAAAACAGAGCCAAAGCAGUCAACAUUUCAGACAACUUGAAUAACUGCAUUUUUUUUUUCUUUUUUGAGCUUGUCCCAUUGACCUCAAUGCAAAAUGUUUUUGCAGUAAAGAGAAAAGUAAUAGCACACAAAUCCUGAUCAAACAGCACAUUUUGAUGUGUACUUAGUCCUGAAACUCUUCAACCUACCAUAGUGCCUUGGGGCGAAGCAAAGUGGCCUGCUGUGAAGUUUUUAGCAUCUCUAUUGUAUAGGGGCCAGUGCCUCAGUGCAUUUUCCCUGUGGCCCUAAUAAGGAAUUUGAUUGAAACUCAGUGUUUCUAGUUAAUCAAAUUGCUCUAAAAGUGAUUCAGUGAUGCAGAGGUAAUAGAGCAGCCCCUGACAAGUGAAUUGGUCUCAACUGUGAGCCUGGCCUGAGGCUUGCCACAGCAACUUGAGCUGGUUGCCCAUGAUGAAAGACACACUGCAGGCUGAGGCUGUCAAAAUGAGCACUGGUCUCACAUUUGGGCUUAUUCUGACAAAACAGUAGCUCCUAUCAGAAAAAGCAGACCGAUGACAACGGUCUGCUUUUCCUCCUGAAUGUUUUGAUAUGAUUUUGGUGUUUCCUCAGUAAAGAUUAUGGACAUACUUAGUUAUAAAUAGGAGUCCCUUCUGCCUCUCAGAAAAUCCUGGGAGCAGAGAGAGACAAUUCCGCACUUAGAGGCUCAGUAUUUGAAUUCUGUAAGUCUCUCUGCUUAGAUAAACAUACCGUUAGAGAAAGAACAAGUGUGUCUACAACUGUGGAAAAAACCAUGCAUGUAGAGUGUAAUUUGAGGCCAGGAUGAGUGUUAAAAGAGGAAAAUUUCAGACAAUUUCAUGCAACUUCUCUCACUCUAGCCGAUGAUGUCACCCACUCUGGCAUGAACAUUCCACGCAAUACACACCCAUUAUAAUCUCAAAAUUUAUCCAAAAAUGAUCAUGGUCAUUGAACAGUGAGUGAUCAAAAACUAUGAUACCUAUCAAAACAUGGAUUUAUGCUCCAAAAGACAAGACUUGUGUCUACACUAAAGUUUAAAUGGAGUCUUUAGGUGAAAGCAUGCUGGAGCAGUAGGCAUUUGAAUAACUACAAUAAUUUUCCUUCUUUUUCUUUUUUUUUUUUGGCUUGUCCCGUUGACUUCAAUGGAAAAUUUUUCCAGAGUUUUCGUGAUUUACCUUGUAGAAAAAUGAUAUAAAAUAGAGAAACAUAAUAGCACCCUAUCCCAAUCAAACCGUAUAUUUUGAUAUAUAAUUUUUCUCCUGACUGUUCAAGCUGGAGGAUUAGUAGCAAAUCCAAAUUUUACCGGGACAGGAAUAAGAAAAAUCAGAUUCUAACAAAAGGGGGAAAGUGCACUGUGCCUCAUUACGCUUGCCUUGUUGCCCUGAUAAGCUGCUUAUUUGAGCAUUUGCUUAUAGCCUGUCUUUAAGUUACCUAUACAAACAGAAACACAUUUGAGACUUGGAAGUCUUUCACAUGGCUGAUAUAAGUUGGAGAGUUGUUGCACCAACUCACAGUUUUCCACUUGAGUUCAAUAUGAGCAUCAACAGAGGACUUGUGCAUCACUUAGCUUUGAUAAACACCUAUCAAUAAGUUCUGAAUUUUAAGCAAUGACUCUGACCCAGUCUUAUCAUCCUAUCAGUGCCUGAGGUCCACACAGGACUUGGAAGUCUGAGAGGUGAGUUUGUGAGUGUUAAAGGAAAGGAGACUGGGGUCCAUGCCUUCCUGGGUAUCCCGUUUGCCAAGCCACCCGUAGGCCCUGCUCUGAGAUUCUCUGCACCUCAGCCUGUGGAGGGAUGGACAGGAGUAAGAGAUGCCACCAAGCAGCCACUCAUGUAAGUCAUCCGUGUAUUUUCAGCUGAUGGACACAGCACUUGAAAAAAUCACCUUCAAUUAAUAUAAUAUGACAUCUUGUCUCCCUUUUUUAGGUGUGUUCAAAAUAGACAAUUUUCUUUUGAUCUGCUUGAAAAAGUUGGUGAAAUGGCAGCAGAAAUCCCAGAUGUUUCAGAAGACUGUCUUUACCUCAACAUUUACACUCCUGCAAACCGAGCUGAUGAUGCUAAGCUUCCGGUAAGAGUCUUCAACUACAAGAAGGGGUUUCUUUGCUGAUAGGAUGUUGAUUAAAUCUCAGCUGAAGAGGGGUGCUCAAGGUGUGUGGCUGUGAUGUCACAUAUGGUUUGAUGAUUUUAGUUAUAAGUAUUACAAAAACUGAUAAUUUCUGAUGAUGUACUCCGGAUGGGGAAAUGAGAUCAUUGUGUUUUGCUGAAGGAUGUGUUGUAAAUGUUUGAUGUUUUCAUAUGAUCAUGAGUGGAAACAAAGGUGUUUCUACCAUGCUGUCAGAGUUUCUGAUACUGUGUAUGUUUGAAUAAGGGGUGACUUAAAAAGACAGUGGGAGAACUGAUGAAUCCAAGAUGGCAAUUUUAUUGCAGACUGAUUGUUCAGUAUCAAACUAUAUGGUAUCAGACUUGUAUUAUAUUACUUGAAUAAAUGUUCUCACUAGCUCACAUUUUAUAAAUAUUUCAGCGCUUCCAUUAUUUUACCAGGUUAUGGUCUGGAUCCAUGGAGGAGGGUUUAGUAUGGGAUCAGCAUCGAUGUAUGAUGGCUCUGCCCUGGCUGCUUAUCAGGAUGUGGUUGUUGUUUUGAUCCAGUAUCGUCUCGGACUUCUGGGCUUUGUCAGGUGAGAAAAUGCAAGAAACUAAUCACAGUUUAAAGAAACAAAGUUUGAAGACCAUUUGAAGUUAAAAUGCUUGCUUUGUUAUGAUAGAUCCAUGUAGUUGGACUCUCUUAUCAUAUCUGUCACUGAUGAAGGCAGUGACAAACAAGACAAAGAAUUGAGCAUAUGCAGUCAGUAACGUAAUGGUCAUGCAAACAGCUUCACAUCAGUUUUCCAGGAUUUUGGAUGGUACAUAAAAAGUUAACAUAUCUCAAAAAGGAAAAUGUAUAAUAAGUUUGGCUGAUAUACAGGAUUUAUGUGAGUUGUGUUUUCAACCGUGCAUACGUUGGUUUCAGUCUGAAGCAGUGAUGAACCAUCUUUAUCUAGUCAAAGGUUUUUGAUUGACAUGGGUACCAAACAUAGAUAACACAACACAGAUAUAUUUUCUGUCUCCAUCAUAAGCUGUCAUGACUGCUUCAUUUUCUUUCACUGAGAAGUUACUAGAGAAUAUUUGAUGAGACUGAUAAAAAAUAUUUAAAAGAUUCUGAAACUUUUUCUCUCCUGGUUACAAUUUGCUUGCCUGACUGGCCUUGGGUUAAAUAAGAAAUAAACCAGUUUACCAUGGGAUACCUAAAUAGGAGGGGCUAAGGCUAGAAUAUUUUUCCUCUUUUUUAGGACUGGAAAGUUGCAUUUUCCUUCCACCCUUUCAACUAUACACUAAACCCUUUAUAUGCUGAAUGAAAUCAAACUCAAACUCAAACUCCACAAAUGAUGGCAGCCUUUACCUCUAGACCAUUUACACCCCUGUAUACUGUUUUUUAAUUCCCUGGUUCAACAAGAGCCUCUUAGCUUCUACCUGUAGGCUCUAUGUUUCUGCAACAGAGCCAUUGUUCAAGGACUAAACACAGUCUGAUGGAAAACAAUAUUUUGUUUCAUUCAGCACUGGCGAUGAACACUUGACUGGAAACUUUGGUCUUCUGGACCAGGUACAAGCUCUGAAGUGGAUCCAGCAGCACAUUCACAGCUUUGGAGGUGACCCAGACUCAGUUACAAUAUUUGGAGAGUCUGCUGGUGGAAUGAGUGUGUCUCUACUGGUAAGGAUCAGUCUCUUAAUGAGCUGAUGAACAACACACAUAAAACCCAUGUAUUUAUCUUAAGGAUUUUCCUGUAAAAUCGCUGCUGAGUUACAACUUCACAUAUCCUUAUUUUUCAUGUGUCUGUAUCCACCAGCUUCUCUCCCCAUUGGCUAAAGGACUGUUUCACCGCGCUAUCGCUGAGAGCGGCAGUGCAGCAAUGGAUUUACUGAUGACAAAUGAUCCUCUACCAAUGGCACAGGUAGACUGUCAGCAUUCAAGAUAGCUCUUUAAAACUUAGUUGUGUCCUUAGGGUGUUGACAUAAAAUCCUUUUAUAUUCCUCAGGCGGCAGCAAAUAUGUCUGGCUGCAGCCUGGACAGCACAGAGAAGAUCAGUGAUUGCAUGAGAAAUCUUGAUCUUGAUACUUUUUUAACCAUUGCACAGGUGAGUUAUUAACUAUCAUACUGUUCAAAGAAUAGUGAGUGAAAACAACCAUUGUAGCCUAUCUGUGGUCUAUCUUAAUUUUCUUUUCAACUGUCAUUUUCUCAAGGAUCUUAGUUUGCAAUCUUUUAUAAGUGUUGACGGACACUUCCUGACAAAACCUGUGGAUGAGCUGUUCAAAAAACAUGAACUACUUACCAUACCCUUCAUGACAGGGGUUAACAACGAUGAAGGGGGCUUUUUGCUCGUUGAUGUGAGUAUGGAUGCUGUAAAUUUGUACUGAGUCAUGGAUAACCAAAGUGCUUGUGGGUUUCUUGAUGAGCCAGUAAAAAUAGAGUUUUGCUUUAGUGAAUGUUUGAGAUAUUAAUGGUAUCUUUGUCUUCUUUUAGUUCUUUGCACCCAAAAACUGGACAGAGGGACUGGAUUUGGAGUCUGUUAAGAACCUGCUCUCAAUGUUUUUCCCCGAUCCAUUAAUUUCUGAUUUGAUAAUAGAAGAAUACAUGGGCACUGGUGAGGAUCCUAUAAAAAAUAGGAACGGAUACACUGAGCUGCUUGGGGAUACGAUAUUCACAAUUCCAGCCAUCAAGACUGCUAACGCACACAGAGGUAAUUUUUUGAGACAACAUGCAGAACUUUUCACGCUGAGAGAAGAGAAAUGAGAAAUUGUAUUGAUCACAACUAUUUGUUCCCAAUUAGAUGCUGUUGCACCUGUAUACCUGUAUGAGUACCAGCAUCCCCCUCAGUUCCUGCAAGCAAAAAGACCUAGCUUUGUUGGGGCUGACCAUGGAGAUGAACUUUUCACAGUACUAGGAGCUUGUUUCACAACCAAACAUGUCACAUUGGAAGAAGGUGAGCACAAUCUAAACAUAAGGUUUACACUACUAUAAACCUGAGUUAUACAGAGUUCAAAGUGUUUAACCAGGUAACUGAUGUUGUAGAUGCAUGCUCUAAAGAGGAAGAACAGUUGAGCAAAACCAUGAUGAGCUACUGGGGAAACUUUGCUCGCACAGGGUAAGAAUCAACCCUCAUUUAAGAUUUCAAUGCAUAUUUAGCUAAGAAAAAGUUAUUUAUGACUUUACCCUCGGUGUGUUUAGGUCUCCUAAUGGGGAAGGCCUUGUUCACUGGCCACAGUAUGGAGCAGAAGAGCACUACCUGAAAAUCGACUUGAAGGAGCAGGUUACUGGUCAGCACCUGAAGAAGGAGCGGUUUGUCUUCAUGACUCAGACACUGCCAGAGAAAAUAAGACAACGCAAAGAGAAGACAGAGCACAGCGAGCUGUAG